CGGCUCUUCUUAUCGUGUUAAAUUUUUUUACUGCCGCCAUCUACCGCGUCGGUACAUCUUUGGCUUAUACAGAGUGGAAGGUGCCACGUUUGGUCGGCGAAAAACUAUUCCAGGUAGUGCAAAACGUAAAUCAACGCAGAUAACAUUACCGGCAUAUUAUGCCGACAAUCGCGAUCCCCUUCACAGGAACGAUUGCCAUGCCAACGAAUUUUUCCGUGCUACAACUGGCAAACAAUCCGAGGACGCUAUUACGGAUUAUUAAUUUGUUAUGAAAGGUUGCACUUGUUACUUUUGUGGACAUCGAUGCCGAAACGCUGCAACAUGGCUCAUCAGGUAUACCGCCCUGCCCGAUAUAUGACUGAAAGAGUCUGAGACGAUAGCAUGGCUACGAAAAGCUCGUCGACUUCCGAUAGGACGAACGGCAAUGCAGCGCAUCGCGCUUCCGCGCUUCCGUAGAAGCUCACCUCCAAGAAACGAUUGUCAUUGGGAUCGGCGAGUGACACUCCUCUGCUGAGCAACGCAGGAUUUUAAUAAAUUCCUCGUACAGCGUUGCACAUGGAACAUCAAUUGCCACUAAGAUAUUGCUCAUCCGGGUCGUCCCUAAAUGCGGCAUGUUAUGCAUGUCCCAGAGACCUUGCUGCAGACAGAGCCGGCUACAGCUGACAAUGGCGGCGCAUCCAGGAUCAAGAAUACGAAAGGUUUUAACGCGACACUGCCAUUGUUCCUUGUCAACCCGCCGACUGGUCUUUGUCACAUGCUUAAUCAGCUCCGUCCUGUGGUUGCUCCUUCAGCUGCUUCCUAGUGACACCCCCAUCCCGCACAUCCCUCCGCGACCUCCUCCACAACCCGGUCCUCUUCCUCCCACCGGCACCAAAACCAUCCUGUUCUGGUCACCGUUUUUCCGAGCUGAGCACCCGAAUCUCCACGACGACCUCAGCCAAUGCCCGGUGUCACAUUGUCACCUGACCAAUGAGCGAUCAGCUAUAGACACGGCCGCUGCCGUUGUCUUCCACGCGGCUUAUGACGCUUGGGCUCAUCCGGAUGAUGUUCCAGUGCGUCGCUACACGGACCAGGUCUACGUGUACUUCAACCUGGAAUCCCCAGCGGCGCAGGAGCAAAUUGAUUUAAAAGCGGAGGCGUGGCGGGAUUUCUUCAAUCUGACGUGGACGUACCGGCUGGAUUCGGAUGUGGUGUCCAACUUCUAUGUGGAUGAGGAGUUCCAGCGGUUCUGGAAUGCCAGGACGCCAUUCGAGACAACUAGGAGAAAGAACCGUGCGUUGGCGUUUGUAUCGAUCUGCGAUUCGGCGGGGAAACGCGAGCUGCUGACAUGGGAGCUGGGUUGGCAUUUCCCCGUGGAUGUCAUCGGUGGGUGUGGGACGCGAAAACGGGAAUGCCCGAAACAGGUUGAUGGGAGGAUGGAAUGUGAGAGGCGCUUGACCGGGGAAUAUAAGUUUUAUUUGGCCUUUGAGAACAGUUUAUGCCCGGACUAUGUGACGGAAAAACCGUUCCGCGCGCUGGCGUUCGGUGCGAUCCCGGUGGUACGCGGUGGCGCCAACUACACCCACUUCCUGCCUCCCGGAUCCUUCAUGGACGCCUCCGCAUUCGAUAGCCCGGCGGAAUUAGGCCACUACCUGCACAAGGUAGCCGAUAAUGAUGACCUUUAUCAGCAGUAUUUCAAAUGGCACAAGCCGGACGCCGCGCGACCAGUGCUGAUGGACCCGAAAAGGUCAUCGUUGUGCCGAUUGUGUGAGAUACUCCAUACUCCGGGGUAUCGCAGUGAAAGUGUGCGGAAUCUGUCGGAAUGGUGGGCACGCGGUCAGACGGCGAUGUGUACUCCGACGGCAAAUUGGUGGUGGCUGCGGAUGCGGUUUUACUGGGAAUGUUUACUGGGCCGCAUUCGCUGAAUGCAGCUUGGCAUGUGAAUAUGAUCAUCAUUUUGACAUUCUGAAGUGUGAUAGGCUGUCAGAUGAGAUUUGGUGUUUUUGUUUUGUUGCUGACGGAUACUCUGUUUUACUUGUUGUUGUUACUGUUCACUGUAAGCGAGCAUUGUGACCUGUUGACGGGAUCACAACACAAGUCGAAAGCUAAGAUGGUAUUUUUCAGUAGCGAAAAGACGUACAA